UUCAAAACUUGUUUGCACGAUGGUGUCGGACGAGAAGGCAGUCCGAAGAUUUGUCCGUAAAGAGCUCUCACGCGCUGACCUCAGCACGCUGACUCUGGGCAUCCUGAAGGGGCGGUACCUGCGCCAUGUUGGGGGCGUGGCUUUGAGUCCCGAGCAGAAGAAGAUUCUGAAGCACGUGGUGGAGGAGGAGCUAAUCAACAUGCAGAAGAAUCAGGCUGAAAGCGACCUGUCUGAGAGAGCAGCCACAGGAGAGACACACACACACACACUCCUCAAACGCAAGAGAGAGGAGGAGGAGGAGGAGGAGGAGGAAGAGGAGACCGCGACGAAGGCCAAGGCCAAGAAAUGGCGCCCAGACAAAUCCCCUGCAACUGAGGGGUCUGGGUCAGAGAUGCUGAGGGAGAAGAGAAACACACCCAGCGCAGAGGAAGAGGAAACACAACAGACAUCCAGUGGAUCCGACGAGGACCAAUCACAAGAGGAGCGUCCUGUACAGCGACGCAAGCGACCAAUCAGCACCCAGAGCGCCCAAGGACUCCAAUCAGACGAGGACGAGAAAGAGGAGGAAGAAGAGGAGGAAGAGGAAGAGUCCUCGUCUGAUGACGAAGAAGCGCCUGCAAGAAUAGAGAACAGAGAGGGGGCGGCGCCUAGCACAGGGGGGGCGUUCCCUGGGGAUUCUGACUCCUCCUCCCUGCCCUCAUUGGAGGAUGAGGAGGAAGAGGAAGUAGAGAAGACUAAGCAGAAGGCGGAGCCUAAGCAGAAGGCGGAGCCAAAGAAGAGAAGGAGGAGGAGCAAAGAGAAGGAGGAGAGCGGCGACAGAAAAUCCACGGAGCACAGGUCGGUGUCGAGGCUGAAGCGCUAUAUCGCCCUCUGUGGCGUGAGGCAGAACUACAAGAAGCUGCUGGCGGCCUGCCAAUCUGUCAAGAGCGAAGUGGCCACACUCAAGAGCCAGCUGGAGGAGCUGGGAGUACACGGCCCACCGUCUAUUGAGAAGUGUAAGAGGGUUCGUCUGAAGAGGGAGGAGGCGAAGGAGUUGGCAGAACUGGACAUGAGUAACAUCAUCACCACUGAAGGUCGUCCACGGCGACGGGCGUCAGCAACAUUCUCUCCGCCGCGCUCAGCGUCCAGACGCUUGGACUCAGACACCAGGGGGCGCCACACCGCCACCGACUGGAGCCGCCUGCGGGGCAUCAUCAGCGACGACGACAGCGACUAGAGAGGGUGUGUGUGUGUGUGAGAGACGAGGACAGCGACUAGAGAGGGUGUGUGUGUGUGUGUGUGUGUGUGAGAGACGAGGACAGCGACUAGAGAGAGAGUGUGUGUGACAGCGACUAGAGAGUGUGUGUGUGUGUGUGUGUGUGUGUGUGUGUGUGUGACGAGGACAGCGACUAGUGUGUGUGUGUGUGUGUGUGUGUGUGAGAGAGACGAGGACAGCGACUAGAGAGAGUGUGUGUGUGUGUGUGUGUGUGUGUGUGUGUGUGUGUGUGUGUGUGUGUGUGUGUGUGUGUGUGUGUGUGUGUGUGUGUGUGUGUGUGUGUGUGUGUGUGUGUGUGUGUGUGUGUGUGUGUGUGUGUGUGUGUGUGUCUUCAGUGGUGAUGGAGUAAGAGUGUGUGUGAGUGAGACGAGGACAGCGACUAGAGUGUGUGUUUGUUCCCAAACACAAAGUGCAUGUCUGUGUAUAUAUAUAGUCUGUUAUAAAUGGUUAAAUGUUUAUAUAUAUAUAUAUAUAUAUA